AUGAAGCAGGUAUUGGAUGUUCUCCAGGACUCGACGAUUGCGUCGAAGAGUGGAAAGGACAAACGGUCUCGUUUCUGGGGGGUGUACAAAAGGGUCGCAGAGGAACACGACAGCGAGUUCCUCGAGCGAUACGCUACCGACAUGGACAUUGUCUUGAUCUUCUCUGGUCUUUUCUCUGCUGUCAGCACAUCUUUCAUCGUCGCGAUGGAGCCCAAUCUCAGUCCCGACCCUGGCGACACUACGAAUGCCCUCUUGAAGCAACUCGUGCAGAUCGGACUCGGCAAUCUCGCCGAGGCAGGCUCCACUCCCGCAGACCCAACAUCUACGUGGUAUCUGAGCGCGCCGACCUUAUGGAUCCAAACGAUUGCAUAUGCGAGCUUGUCCAUGAGCUUGCUCGCUGCAUUCGGGGCCGUGCUGGGAAAGCAGUGGCUCGGGUACUACAAGUCGAACAGAUAUGGCCGCGGCUCGCAGGAGGAGCGAGGGAAGCGCAGGCAAGAGAAGUUCGACGGCCUCGUCACAUGA